CGAUACCACGCAUGUAUCCUUUCAGCACAUGCUGAGCGCCAGAUUACAGAGAGUACACGUGUGUUGAAACUUGAAGGGGGGGUUAAAACAUAGGUUACUUUUAAAUAUCGGUUAAGUGUAAAGGCAACGUUUAAAUGAAUAUACGUUAGCAAUAUUCCAAGAUGGUUGUCCAAGUAAACAAUCCUUAUAAACGCGAAAACGGAGAAAUAAGUGAAACAAUCCCUAUUAAAAAGAAACGUCUUGAAUUUUGCGUCUCCUCAUUUCGCAAAAAGCUGAAGAAAGCCGAAUGCUAUGAAGCUCUUGAAGAGUUUGUAAAAGCCUGUCAUGGAGCAAAAGGCAUAGAUGACCCUGCUGCACAAUACCUCAAAGAAGGAGGACAGGUGAUGGACAUUCUCAGAAUUCUAGAUUCUAAACAUGAUCAUGACAUUUCUCAUGUUUCUGUUGUGUUCUCUGCACUACAAGUUAUUCUUUUACGAGUGCUGACAAAAGCUCCUGAAUGUCAUAAAAGUGCUGAAGAAAUGUGCCACCACCUUCUUAGUAGUCACUUGAGUAGUAUUCAUCGUCUACUGAGUGUUAAGAGUAGUGCUCACCAUAAAAAGGAAUUUUUUGUUUCAGCUGUUGUUACAUUGAAUACUACAUUGGCCAGAGAUGUUUUAAGUUACAUAACCUUUAGUACAGAUGUAGUUGAUAAUAUUGUAAGAUUGAUCAGACCAGAUGAUCCCAAAAGUGUCCGUAUCUGCUUCAUUCAGUUUCUUCUGGCCUUUCUAGUGGAAGGAAAUUCAAGUGUAAUUAGUCUUCUAUUGGACAAACGCUUGAUUCUGACUAGCAUUAUUCGAGGGCUGAUGUACGAUCCUUUCAAUUUAGUAAUAUUUGUAAUAACUACUUUACGCACAAAAUUGGUGGAAACAUCAGGGAUCAACAGGACACAGAAGAUCCAUACAUUCAAUACACGAGUGUUGUGUGAAUUGCUAAGUCUCUACAAGUGGAAAGGACCAGCAGCCUUUGCUCACGAAAAGAAGAAAUCUAGUGCAGUUUGCCCAGAAGUAGAUCUGCAGCAACAGGAAGCUGUGGCUGAAGCAGUCCAUGCUCUUUUCUUGGUUCUGUGCACUUCUUAUCGGUACGGUGUUGUCUUCCACGAUCGUGCAUUAGGAACAAAAUCCAGGAUGAAUGUUAUGGUUGCAAAUAUUUUGAAGGAAUUGGACCGGCCUUGGGAGAACAACUUGCUUACUGAUCUUGUAGUGAAGAUUGCUAGUGUGCGUCCUGAACUCUCUCCGAUAUCUUACAGCCGUGUGGUACCUGUUUUAGAACCUCGUGCUACCAAACCUUGGACAAUGGCAGUUAGUUUUGUGACUCGGAUUCUUUCUGCUCUAAAGUUAAAUGAUCUAACCUCCUUGGAACCUCAGGCUGCUCUUGAAUGUGCAAAAAAGUUAGCUGCUUCUCGACAUGUAGUGAUUCCUUUGUCACCAGGCUUACUGCAUGAACACCCUGUUGUUCGCCAUAAAACAACGAUGUUUCUGCAAGCCUUGUUGAAUGCUGUUGGUGUAAGUCUGACAGUUCUCCCUGAACAACAAGCUUUAGAAUUUCAGCUCUACGUUAAAAAGAUUAUUCCAAAUGUUGUUGGACUUAUAAAGUCUUGGAGAAAGGCAUUGAAAAAUUCCAUUCCAGAGAAAAGUCCACCCAACAUUCAAGUACCAAGUCCAACUGACCAAAUGAUGGCAUUAGUAGAUCUGAUGUUUUUAUAUCAGAAACACUUUCCCCUUUUACUUGAUGCAGGUGAUGAUCAUGGCACACUUACAAAGAUGUUGUCUUCCACCCUUGAUAUGGAUGACAAUAAUGAAAACAUGCUUCCAUUGCAAUUGAAAAUUUUGAAACUUUUGGCUCAACUAGACACAGCAGUUCUAGAACCUCAAGAGAGUGGAUUCAUUGCAGCUAUGUCGAUUCUUCUAAGAGCAAGUUGCAAUAAUGACAUGAUAGCUGCAGAAGCUCAGCAAACUUUAGGGGCCUUACUUGUAAAAUGUCAAGUUCUAGAACCAGUUGCAGCCGAUAUGAUUGGUGAAAUGGGAAUAUGGCUUCAAAAUUGUCAAGCAGUUCAGCCUUCCCAACGCCCAAUUGUCAUUUCAUUCCUCCAGAAUGUUUUGGUCAGUGUUGCAACAAAUCCUGUGCCUUACCAUGAACAAGCAUUAAGAGUUCAAGAAAUGAUGUUCUCGUCUACCGAAUUAGGAAAAAUAAGGAAUACACAAUUGGACCAGGCUGAGCAUUUAUUUCAAGAAUUAUUGGAAAUAGCAAAUAUUGAGAAGUCAUAUUUGCAAGAUUUUAAGAAGAAUGUGGAAGAAUCUGAAGGAAAAAAUAACAAAAAAAUUCGUAUUCAUGACUUUGCUGGCACUAUUGCAUUGAGUCCUAUGCUGAUGUAUAUAGACUCUGUGAAGUUAAAGGAAAAUUUAGAUGCUUGUGUGGUGAAGUACUUGUCUUCUGUUUUGGUGCACCUUUUGCACUUGCAAUCUGACCCUCGACCCUUCCUAUCUAUAGUAAAGAACUGGUCUGAUUUACCAGAUGCUGUGAUGGAUUAUAUUAAUAGUUGGAGUACAGAAACACCACUUGCAUUAACAAAGCCCUUUGGGACUUGUUCGUUGGAAAGUUCUUUGAGCCAUGCACUUUUGGGCCAAAGCAAGAAUAUUCCAGAAUUAGAAGAUUGCUCCAACCCUAUUAGAAUCCUACAGUUGUUGAGAAUUGUGAUUUUUUAUAUUGUUCAGUUGGCAGAAAGACAGCAGCUUACUGAAACUGUGACUUCUUUAGGAUUGGAUGUGUUGAUAGCACUGUUUCAUGCCCUGCAAGAAGCCCUUUCACAAUAUGAAUCUUCAGAAUCUGAAAAGUUCAAUAUAAAAUGUGUUAAUUUAAUAUUGAGACACCCAGUGUUAUUAUGUUACUUUUCACCCUUGCAUAGAAAGAAGCAAAUUACAGAUAGUCUUGUGACAAGUUUCAUGUUAAGCUUUUUAGAUCAAUGCACUGUAGUUACUAGUCCUGCUGUUGCUAAGAAUUCCAGCAUUCUUUUAAAAGACAAACUUUUGAGAAAUAUUUUGCAUUAUCUUGAGAGGUCAAAGCAAGCGCCAACAAACACAAACAUGCUUGUCAGAGCGGUUAAAAUAUCAGCACUGACAGGACCAGAAAUGUGUAGUUUAAUGCCGAAAUUGAUUCAGAAAAUGACCACACAACCAUGGAAAGAGUUAAUAUGUUAUCUGCUGCGGAAUGUGGAUUGCCUUCCAUCGGAGCAGGUAGUUUCUGUGGGAAAUAAACUUGUUGAACUUCUGCAAGAAGAACAUGACACAAGAUUAGCAGCAUGGGAGGUAGUGGAUUCUUACCAACAUUAUCUCCAACAAUUUCCACAUUGUGUGCAUCAAGUCCCUUCUGGACUAUUCCGAAAGUGUGUCUGUGAGCGAGGUCUGAAGUUGGCUUGUGUUAUUCUGCAGCAUCAGUCAUCAUAUGUGAUGGAAUUAAGAACUUUAGUAGAACAAAACAAUCUCCUUAUUGGUUCUCCAAAGGUGCUUUUUCCACUUCUGUCAAAAGCGAGUUGCCAUGGCCCUCUUCCAUCAUCUCUUCUGAAAGCUGUUUAUGAUCAGUAUGAAGGAAACAUCUUUGAAGCAAUGCAAUCUCCUUUCUCUGGUACAACAUGGUUUUCAGAUCAUGUGGAUGUAAUUAAACUGUUAAUUUCAUAUAUGGAUUUAGACAAGUGUAUUUCCUUGUCUCAGUUAAUUGCUCAAAAUCGCAAGAAAAUUGAAUUAUGCACGCCAUUUCAUCUUCAUGUAAUGCAGAGUCUACAAAUUCAAGGUGGCUGGAAGAAAUUGGCUGUAGAGCUUACUGAAAUGUUAUUGCAUCAAUUAAAACAGAUGCUUGAAAAGAAAGAACCGACUCCUCUUAUCAGUCAGCUGUGUACUCUCUUAGGAGAUCAUUUGAUUGACAAUCGAAUAAAAUGGCGGAAGCGGAAGUUACGGUCAAAUGAAACGUGGGAUAUGCUACCCAUGUUAGUUUUGCAAAAUGGUCUGAGUGGUUUAGACCAGCAUCUCACCUGUUGCUUAUUUUCAGUAUUUGCUAGAUUAUUAUGGAGAGCAAAUGAAACAAAAAUGGCAGCACAAGUAUUUGAGAUGACAGUUUCUCACUCUCGCUUUCUUGACGUUGUUCUAAUUCAAGAGCAUUCAGAUGUCAAAUUGGCUGUACUUCAAUUGAUAUUGACCUGCUAUGAACUUGCUCCACAAGUGAGAAAAGCUUCUCAAGUUCCAAUCUGGCUUGGAUCCUAUGGUGCAACCCUUUCUCAUAGUGAUCAGGUUACUUUGAAGAUUUUGUGGUGUUUGAACAACUGCCAAGAUGUGAACCUCAAUGCAUACAGGCCAUUCCUCUGGGGAGAAGCAGCAAUCAACCACUACAGUGUUCGCUCACGUGCAGGAAUGUCAUUGUGGCGCGUACCUCAGGCCACAGUAGCUCUUGAGCUGUUACAGCUUAAGAUGGUUGAGAAUACUAUCUCCAAAUUUCCACUUGAUCGUAAACUAUUAUUGAAACAGCAAGAAAAUUUAUUUGAGAGUGACACAUUUAUCAGUGGCUUCAUAGAGGAUCUGGAACCUAAUCAACCAGAUGUAUAUGAUCCUGCAUUUGCGAUUCCUCUUCUAAGUCAUGUACUGGCUCCAGAGUCUGUAGUUCAGGAGCAUAAAUUCAGUCGCUUUGGUGGACUAGCCCUGACACUAUCUGCUUUAGCAAGCAGAUGUGGGUACAUGCGCACUGCUGCUCUAUCUGUUCUUUCUCGCUUCCAUGCUCGGUUGAAUCCUAAAAGCUCUAAUGCUCAAUUAAAUGAACAAUUCAUAGAAAGUAUACGUGCCGGAAUAGGUAAUCUGAAAGCCAAUGAGAUGUGCCAGGCAACAAACCCUGACCCUCCAAAAAAUAUGUCAGGAACAUGUGAUAAGUCAACAAAAGUGGAUAAGGACAACACUUCAAGCAGAAAUGAUUCCAACCAUCAAGGGGCCCUGGCACCAGUGGUUCCAAAUUUAUUUGCUGUUUUUUUAGCCCGCACCUCUUUGGUCUUAACGCAACCAUUGCAUGAACUCUUUAAGCCUUUAAACCGAUAUGUUUUGGCCAAACCAGCAUUGGAUCUGAAAACUGUGCCGGACCUUCUUGAGCUUCUAAGACCUGAUAGUGUUGAUUUCAGAGCUUAUCAGUUGUGGCUGAUAGAAACUCUUCAGUUUGGAAUGCGAACUGAAGAUGAUGUGGUUAAUGCAAAACGUCGGCAUCUAUUCAAGAUGUUAUUUGCUUUAUAUUCCAGUUCAUUAUCAGAUGUCCGGACAAGGAUACUUGUUCUUCUUCUCGUGGAAGCAACUUUGUGUGUUAGUAAUGGAUCAACCGUACUGCUAAAGAGUGGAAUUCUGCCUUGGCUGCAUGGUAUUAUCAACAGUCUACAAAAAGAGGAGGAUGGAGAUGUUAUAAUUGCUUUCAUUCGAGUAAUGGUGGCUUUGAAAAAUCAUGCUCUAUCUUUUGGAAGUAUGGUAGUUCCAUUUCUGCUGAAACUUCCUCCAAUAGUGAAAUCUUCAGAUAUCCAUUGCAUAUUGCAAGCUGGAAUUACUUUAAUUAAGUGGCUAUCUAAAGACCAUUUAGUAGUAUUGUUGUGUUUGUGUGAGAGAAUGUUGGACCAUAAAAUCAUUGAUGAAUGUUGUGCACAAUUAGGACUCCCAGAGGGCACUACAAUAAAAAAUGAAGAAUUAUUAGAUCAUAGUGAUACUAGUGGAAGAGAUUUAGUCAUUAGUGUUGAAGAACGGAAAGCACUAGGUGACACAUUGAAAAAAGUUGUACAUCAAUGGUUAACAUAUAAAUAUGACGUGAAAGCAUAGGCUUCCAUUGCCAGAUUCAGUAGAUUUAUUGACUCUGGGAGAUGCCGCAUCCUAUGGUCAGUUGCCUACAUUAGCAGCUUUGCCCAGGAUGCAGCAUCUCUUGACAGCCAUUAUGCAUACACAUACACACGAUAUACUGGGUCUUUAUUCUAACUUGCAACCCAUAACUAGGAGCAUCUGUUCUUAUUUUGGCAAAUUGGCAGCCAUGUGCCUUUUUCCUUCUUUCAAAACAACCAUGGCCAAUAUUGAAGAAAGCAGUGGAGCAGGUGAGCAUCAGGUCAUACGGUGAAGCAACUUAUUUUUUGUUUUUCCCAUUCAAGAGUUCAUACAGGCAGGUACAUGGCUCACACGCCAGAAUCUUUUCACACUCCAUAGGAUGAGUGCGACAGAUAUGAGCAGGCAAACAAAACAUCUCUUAAGAAUCUUCUGUCCAGACUGCUUAUGAAAUAAAACUAAUACUGAAGAUCUGGAGGGAAGUUAUGACUGAUUUAUCAAUUUAUUAACAGCAGUGUAACAAUAAUUAUUAUUUAAUGGAAACCAACUCAGAGAGAAAUCAGAAAGAUAUCUUGUGAAACAUUACCACCAAGCUCUUCAUUUUAUACAACAAGAUUAUUAUUAUUAUUAUUAUUAUUAUUAUUAUUAUUAUUGAACCUACAAAUUAAACAGAUAAGGAAAUCUUAAUAAAAUAUAAAUGAAUAGUAAAUUAAUAAUUAUUGGAAAAAAAAAUCAAGAAUAAUAAAAUAUUAUUUACUUAAUAUCACAGUAAAUUGAUCAUAGAGUAAAUGCUCAGUGACUAUCAUUUGCCAAGAGAGAUAUGUAAAGUGUAAACAUAUCUCCAUGUAGUGCCUGCAACACGUUGAAGAGUAAUAAGGACAGAAUAAGUACUUUCUCUUCCCUCCAACUAAAAUUAACUGUGUUCUCUCAUCCCAAAAUCUGAGGUCAUGCAACUAAUAGUCACUAAAAGAGAAGAGAUGCCAAAGGUAUUUCAAGCAUUUCCAAAUUGCCAAAACAAGUAGUUGCUACCACACAUUGGUUACAAUUUAAAAUAAAUACUUGGUAUCAAAUUCGCUCUAUUAUUAUGAAAGAAUAUCAUAAAUUUCAAUUCUUUGACACCACAAAAUGUCAUCUCCCUUUUUGAAAGGGUUGUAUAAACAGUCAAACAAAUUAUUGAACUAAUAAACUUUCAAUACUCCAGGCUAAAUGUAAUUUUUAUUUUGAUAUUGAAUAUUGUAUAAAAAAUACAAUGCUUUUUGUAUAUAAAUACAAUACUUUUUGUAAAUAAUUUGACUUGAAUUAUUUAAUAACGUUACUUAUUGUACUUUGUCUCGUAUGAACUAGUUAAGAAGAAAUUUUUGACAGAACACACCUGCAGAAGAAUUUGGAUAUAAUUUUGUUGAAAAUUUUUUUUAGCAUUCCUCAACUUACAAAUCGAGAUGAAAGAAAGGUUAUUGUCAUUGGAGAAGUUCAGGAAAUUUGGCCAUGUUUUUGUCAAAAGUCCUUUAAUUGGAGGAUAAACUUGUUGAAGCAGAGAGAACUGUGUGGAGGUUUUAUUUUCAGUCAAGCAUAAUUUCAGGUAUGCAGAAUGUAUAAAUAGCAGACUGUAAGGAAAUUUUUAAUUUCAUAUGCAUUUCAAUUCAUGGUUCCCCUCCUCCCAUCAAAAGUAGUGAAUAAACCCAGCGGAUCACCUUCCAUCAAGGACAAGGAAUUUGAAUAUUAUGAAAUAAACUGUUGAUUGAAAAUAGACAAACUCUGAUUUUUUACUUUGAAAUAAGUACAAACUGAUAAAAAAUGAGACAGAAACAAAUGACUAAAUCAAUGACAUUACUUAGGAACUUAAAUGUGAUUAGAACACUAAAGGAUUAGUUUCUUCUUGUAUCCUUGCACUAAUAACUUCUCUCUUCUUUCUUGAGAUUGACCAAUAAAUCACAAAUUGAAUAUUAUUUGGUAUACAAGUUGGCAAUAUAAUUGACUAAUACCAUUAUAUCUGUU